GAUGGGUCCAUGGCUUGCCACCGAAACACAAUGCUUGGGAUUUGCUUCACUUCCUACGACUGGACCUUGUCCUGCAAGUUUCAAUGCUGGAACAUCACUCGUCGACGUCCGCUGCACUGCCUCACUCCAUUUCUCCGUCAUCGAUUUGUUAUUUGUUAUUUAUUAUAUUUUUUUAAUUUUUUCCACACACUGACCUCCUCCCUUUUUCUUGUUCCUCUCCUUUUUAAAAGAAAAUAAAAUAAAAACAAUUAAAUAUUUUCCCAUAUUAAUUUUCCCACCAUUCCUAGUUUAAUAACUUAAAAGAACAUUGGGAUGUUGGUCCCGUGAUCCUUUAACCACUUUGGUUGAUAUACACCGUUUUCGGGCUCUAUUCAAUGCAAUGCAAGUAUCCUCAUACCACAAAAGAGAGAGAGAGAGAGAAAAGAAAAGCAUAAGCUCCGUUAUCAUUCUUUCUGGGACCUAUUUAUAAGACCUGCUACACAUAUUCAAGAUAUUUCCUGCAUGACCAGCAGUGAUAUGACCUAUGGACGAUUUCUGUCCGCAGUAGGAGUUGAGAUUCCGAUCUCCCCGCCGUGUCUCUAAGAUUGUUUGACGCCGAAAAGGGGGCCCACUUGAUGACAUUACACGACAACCACCUCCAAAAGGGGGAGGCGAGUCAUACAAUUCAAUAUAGAUAGAUAGAUUCCCUGCCACUGAUGCACCGAUGCAC